AUGAAGAACUUUGCUGCCCUCCUCUUUGCAUCUGCCUUGGCAGUCCCCCUGGCUGCUUCUGCAGUCGCGCCACAGGGGUCGACACUACCAGAAGGACCCCUCCCCAGUGUUGUCUAUCGUGGCGACGAUCUGCCUCCAGAAUAUUAUAAAAACCUCGGUGGGAUCCCUCACGAAUUUGAAGGAAAGACAGACAACAGAUCAUACAGUUUGUGGUGGCACAAUGUUGGCUUAGACGGAUGGGUGGGUAAAAUGCGAGGGAAAAACAGACACUUCAACUCUGCUUACGCCGCAACCUCGAGUAGAUGGUCAUCCGCCCUCUACUUUGCUGUCCUGACUAGGGAGCAGGAAUUUGGAUGGAUGUAUCAAAUCCACGCCACGCCAAAUAUGAUCUACUUAGAAGGCUCCGGUUUCGCACCCCCGUUUACUGAUGAGGUAGAGUACGCCGCCUUGGGAGGGAUACGGUGGGACCAGAUUGAGGCCUGGCUUCGCGUCCCUAAGAAUGUGACCUCUGGGGACCGUAAGACUUUCAAGUCGGAUGGCACGUUGGCGAAGUGGGCCUUGCUUGAAAAUUUUACCAAGGAUUUCCCUGAUUUGAAAUGGGUCAAAAACCCAGAUUAUAACCCGGCGUAUAACCAGUAUCACGGCAGCGAAGGGCAGCCUCAACUUGGUGGCAGGCCAAUCAAAGUCAAAGGCAGCCUUCAACUCGAUAUUCCGCGAGAAUUUGAAGGGAAGUCAAUGGAGUACCACGCCAUCGAGUUUAUGAACAAGGUCGGCGGGCCUGUGGGCUGGAUUGGAGCGUUCCCAUUGAACUUCUCGGCCGCUGCAGACUUUUCCGCGGCCGAGAUUUGA